CACUUUUCGACGGAGCAACUGGAGAGGAUGAAGAAAUGGAUAAUACGGAAGACAUCGGAAAGCGACGUCAUGCAGCUUUGGAAUGACUGUGAUAUUCCGCAACUCUAAUUUCUACAAGCUGACAAAAAAAAAGAAAAAAAAAAACAAGAGCGAGUUUCUAAAGAAAUUGUUAUAAUGCUGACGAGCUGAUGCAAGUCUUCACGUGUGUCAUGGACGCUGGCUCAACCUAUCAAAUAUGCACCGUCAUCGUCAAGUGUGUGUACGGAAACAUUGGUAGUUCAUUGGAAACGCACGAUGAGCAUGCCCAGUUCUUAGCAAAGACAUAAAAGCAUGCCAGGGGCGCUGAGUGCCGUUUCAGAUGCAGCAAACCUGAACAAAAAUUAGUUUAGCUCUUGCUCUGCAGAACUUGAGCAAUAAAACUUAUUUUUUUAACUAUAGCUAGCGGCAAAACGACCCUUUCCGGAAGCAUUAGUCGUUUUUAUCUCUGCUGCGACGGCGCUUCGCCACCGUAGACGCCCGAGAUGUGAAGAGCGAGUUCGUCUGCUUUUUUUCGCAAGGUCACAUCGAUUGACGCACUUUGACCGCCCCUUAUCAUUGCCAGCUGGCAUGCGGCGGAAGGCCCAGUCGUCUGCCAUUCUUCGUGGACGCCGGAGCGUGAAGGAACGGGCCAAAGAAACGCAGGCUGUAGUCGGGAUCCAAGAAAGCGAGGAUGCAAUCGACCGGAAAGUCCACUCCGGUCUAUAGAGAGAUCGAAGGACUCUACCUCAGCUACUACUUCAGCGACGAGAGCGUCCGCUCAGCCCUCGCCUACAAGCCAAGGCCAGAUGACGUGUUUAUUGUGAGCUACCCGAAAUGCGGUACCACCUGGAUGCAGUACCUCCUCUGCAACAUCUUUAGCGGUGGCGUUCCUCCGAGGGACACGGUGGAAUUCGAGGCCAAGUCACCCUUCUUGGAAUUCACCGGAGCUCAAGGCGCCGAAGAGAUGCCGAGGCCGGGCGCCAUCAAGACGCACCUCCCUUUCGACAAGCAACCUUACUCGAAAGAGGCCAAGUACUUCUACGUCACCAGGAACCCGUACGACUGCUGGGUCUCCUACUACUACCAUAUGAAGAACUUUCCCGCCUACUUCUUCGAGGACGGUACCUUCGACCAGUUUUUCGAUUUGUUCGUGGAAGGAAAAGGGGAGUUCGGCGACUACUUUGACCAUCUGUUGUCCUGGUACGAACAUCGCAACGACCCCAACGUCUUCUUCUUGACCUACGAAGACCUCAAAAAGGACACGGCCUCCUGGGUGCUGAAGAUGGCUGACUUCCUGGGUAAGGAGUACGGCGAGAGGUUGCUAAGUGACCCAGCGCUGCUUAAGCACAUCGUGGAGAUGUCCAGCGUGUCGAAUAUGAAGAAGGCAUUUAACGACGCGUGGAAGUCAACGACAAUUCAUGUCCCGCCGGCCGUGGAAGCUGACGGAUCGCGGCAAGUCACCAAGGAGUCGUUGGAAGCGGCAGUGAAGAAACCGAUGACCGGAGAUUUCGUUCGUAAGGGCGUAGUUGGAGACUGGAGGAACCAUUUUUCGCCAGAACAGAUCGAAAGAAUGAAGGAACGCAUUGCGACCAAAACGGCCGGCAGUGAUGUGAUGGAGUUAUGGAAAGAGUACGACCUUCCAUGACUGAACUAAGAGGAGUGAGCUUGCGCGUAAAGCUUCUGCGUUGGCUGCGUUCUGUGAAGCAUCUCUAUGUAUAUAUAUUAUAGUGCCGCUAGGAUUAACUUGGAAUACCUAUCGUUUUUGGCGCAAGAUAUUGAACAAAAAGGAAAAGAAUGGUUUCCACACUUUUUUUGCUUUUAUGUCCAUUUGAUAAAUUCCGAUCGCCCUUAUUAUAAUUGACUAACUUGAUUAAGGCCUGAUUGGUGUAUAUUUGCACAUCGCGGUGCGGAGAAAUAUAUGCGUGUAUAAGGGUUUCUUGUUUCGCGACUGUUGUUAAUAAAAAUCACACACACACACACA